GUUGUAUAUAUAUAAUUUUGUUAAGCAUUCUGAAAAUUCCACAAUAAGGAGAAGAAAGCACCAUGGAAGAACUCAAUUUGGAGGCAUGGUACAACAUGAAAACCAUGAAAACAAAAAGAAAAGUAAGCAAAAAACAUAUUUCUGUUAUUAAUUAGUUAAACUAAUUAAUGACAUACUUCUGCUUUGCAUUUAGCAGCGUGGCUGGACCAAAUGCAAAUGUUGACAUUAACUCCACAGUGGCUACAACCAAUUGGAUAUCCGAAGGACUCCAUUACUUGCUCCCACCGCAUGUUCAGCCAAACAUGAGAAAGCUAGGACUCGCCGGCCAUAGCCGUGGAGGCAAGGCCGCUUUUGCACUUGUUCUUGAAAAGGCAGCAACUUCUCUCAAGUUCUCUGCCUUAAUAGGCAUUGACCCAGUUGAUGGAAUAUGCAGAUGCUUACAAACCCCUCCACCAGUACUCACCUAUGUUCCUCAUUCAUUUGACCUUGAUAUGCCUGCAAUGGUAAUUGGUACGGAAUUUGGUGAAAUGGGAAAGAAUAUUCUAUGUCGUAUUCCUCUUCCAGCUCCUGCUCCUAAGGGAGUUAACGAUGAGGAUUUCUUCAAUGAAUGUCAAAAACCAGCUUGUCAUUUCUUUGUGAAAGGUUAUGGUCAUGUUGGUAUGCUAGAUGAUAAUAUUGGGUUAAUGGGGAUAGAUCUGAAUAUGAUUUGUAGCCAUGGGAAUUCUAGGAAACCGAUGAGGAGGUUUGUUGGAGGAGUUGCUGUUGCAAUAUUCAUGAAAGCUUAUCUGCUAGGUGAUGACGGUGAGUUAAUGGCUAUAAGAGAUGGGCAGGAGACUGCACCAGUGGAGCUAAAAGCUAUUGAAUUUCUUGAGUGAAAU